CCUGGUCUCAUUGGAUUCUAACCAUAUCCAUUCUUUCAAAACCCAUCCAUGUUUCCAUCACUUAACCAACAGAGUCAAUCAACACAACACUUUUCUUCAGCACUCAACCUAGAUCAGAGUCUAGAGUUCUGGACAGUAACUACUGUCAAGCUAAUCUCUUUCUUUCUCUAUUCUUUUGUUAACUAAUUGAGUUUCUGGGUUUACUGAAUUCUUCUUCCUGCAAUGCCAGGAACCAUCAUGGUUUCAGUACUGGAAUUCAUGGAUCUUCCAUUAUCUUCAGCAACAUCCAUAAGGGCUUCCUUGGGGAGAAUAGAGUACCAAGUGAAUGACAAGGAAAAGUUAUCUUUUCCCAUAACUAGCAUCCGUGAUGAUUUGAUUUUCAAAAUUCAGGAUGCUGAGGGGAAUGAAAUAUCACGUACAGGUAUUCAAAUCAAGUUGAUAUUAGAAAAAGGUGUUUUGGAAGACAAGUUUCCACUUUGGGGUGGCCAUCUGCGUUUGAAGUUGCAAGUCAUCCUUAGUGAUGAAGAGCGCGACAGAAUUCGUUCAUUGAGACAAUCUGCAUUGAAGAAAAAACAUGACGAGCUUCUUAGCAGUGGCCGAAGAGGAGAGGAAAGCGACAGCAGAGCUGUUCUUGGCAAUGCUGCAUUACCCUUCCGCAGAAAUGAUGAGGUCUCAGAAUCACCAAAGAAACACCUUCAACAAGAUCUGGCUGGUUCCCGUGAUGAGAAGGAAUCUGAUGCUAGGACUCAGCUUGACCACAAACAGCUAAACCCAAACAUUGCAGAUGAAUAUAAGGAGUCCUCAUCCACAAAACCUGUGUCACAACACAAGGGUAAGAAGCCUGCUUAUCAGUCACCAUCUGAGAAACAUCCUCAGAGAGCUAUUGGUUCAGAAGAAAUUGCAGUUUUGUUUGGGUCAGAAAAAAAUGAUGUCCCGGCAAGUAAUCUGAUACAGCCACAUGAAGAGGAAAGUGGCCUUCAAUAUUCUGAGAAGAGAGCCUCACUGGGAAGAAUUCCAAGUAAUGUGAGGAAGAUGAUAAGUGCCUUUGAAGGUGGAUCUGCUCAGGAUAAGAAAUCUCAGAUUAAACCACCUCCAACAAAACAGCAAGAAAGUUCAGAUGAAAGAAGAUAUUCUUCCAAGACUCAACAUUUGGAGAGAGAUAAGUCAAAGAAGACAGAGCUAGCAGACUUACAUGAAAGGGUGAAAAGUGCAUCCCUGAAUGAAGCACAUGUUGGAACUCGAACUGAGGGGAGUAAGCAUGAAAAGAUGGUGAAGAUUAAAGAUUCAAAGCCCAAGACCUCUGAUAACAAUGGGGAUGAAAAUUCUGGAGGACCAUUUAAUCAGGUUGUAAAAGUUGCAAUCAUUAUAGGAUUUGGAUUACUAGUUCUCCUAACCAGAAAAAGAAGAAAGAGUAAUGGAGAGAGGCAAAGGGAUGUAUUUAACUUUCUGAAUUUACCAGAAUGAAGAAGAAGAGUGCCUGAGAAUCAGUUCAACAAAUCUCAAUUCCCAAAUUCUUCAUUUGUUGAUGCAUGCACAAGCAUCCACAGGCUGCAAUCAAGUCAACAACUUACAAGUUUCUGAUAAUGGGCCAAAUUCAAUGCAGUCGUAUCCUGCUGGAUGAACAUCUUUCCUGGGCCUAUUCUAUGGCAAUGCUGAGACAGUUGCAUCCUUAUUAGCAACUAAAUAUGUUAAGAAAACGUAGUUGAGAGACUUAAGGAAAGCUAGAUUCAUUUUUCACACGGAUGAAGUAGAUUUCAAUAACUUUGUUCUUUUAUUGCUUCCAUGUACAAUAAAUUGGAUUAAAUCUGUAAAGUUUUGCGUGUUAAGGAUGGCUGCAACUAAUUAACCUAUGAGUUGUCUUGAUAA